GCAUACGCUCCCGCCGCUCAGCUGUUUUCAAAACAUUCACCUCAGAUGGACAGGGCGGCUGUCCUGGCUGAUUUCCAGGCUCUCACAAGGAUCGAGGACAUUGAAUACUGCAUUUCAUUACUGGAAACCCAUCACUGGAAUCUAUCUGAUGCAGUGACUGCUGCAUUCAAAGAAGGCACUUGUGAUGCUGAUAUUGAUGUCACUGCUUUGGGAUCCGCUUCCUCCCCACCUGAACACCCUCCAUCUCCGGUGAUGAGUAGGUCUGCUGUCAUCGACCAACCCAGAGUCAGAUGGAACUCCUCUGAGCAACGCGCCUCGUCUCCUAGUGCCGACCCUUCGUUUACCACUCUUGGUACCUCUUCAGUUCCAGGAACCGGCAGCCAGACAAAUCCUUCUGGUCCACCAGCAACUGAUGCAGCUACUGGACCACUGUUUUCAUCCAGUUCAGUCCGACUUCUGCAAUUUGACAUCCAGCUUGACAUACCUUCAUCGGUAAAAGAAGACGAACCACGAAGUGUUCAUGAGCGCUUCACAUUUCCAGAUACAGAGACUGUAGGUUCGUUGAAGCGACACUUCGUGGAAGCGCAUUUGACGGAACUAACCUUGUUAGCUACUUCACCCGAAUGGGCUUCCGUUUUCCCUGAAGUGACCUCAAAACGUUUGGUUUCUCAUCUGACUUUUGAGGGCUCCGGUACCCAGUGUUUUACGGAUGACUCAGUAACCUUGCGCGAAUUACAUCUGCCCACUUCCACCGUAUUGUCUGCACGGUUGGUGCGGAGCUCCCGAUCUGCAAGCCCACAAACGACCCACCCCUCACCGAUCGAACUCCAAGUUUUGGUUCCCUAUGAAGAUGACUCCACCGGCCAGUCAGCAAUUGAAUUUCGCUCCUACUCACUCCGUCUGCUGCCCCAUUGGCGCCUUAAUCAGCUACGCCAGGACGUUGCCGGAUUGACAGAAAUCCCAGUUGCUCGUCAGUCUUGGUUUGUUGCCCCAUCUACCAGCCCAAAACCAUUGUCUCAUUCCGAUUCUCCGCUCACUCGACUCGUAGAUGCUCUGUCAUGUCCAAACACGAACGGUUUUGACAAACACUCUGCAAAUCCCUCUCUACUGGAGCUUGGACUUCGACCAGAAACUCCUUACAAAUUAUACCUGACGCCACGGCAGAGGACUGUAUCGUCUACGAACGUUGUCGCGAGUCCUAAAGGUUCCACUGUCCCAACAACGAAUGCGCGACAAACGAUUCCGAAAGCGUUUUCGGGGCGAAAAGCAACUCACCCUAGACCCGCUGAGCGGACAGAUGACAACGAAAAAAUUCUGGAACAGCGACACUGCUUCCAGCAACCAACAAUGGUUGUUUUUCUUGAUCUGAAAACUACCUUUGGCUCUGUUGACCGCCAAGCACUAUGGCAGUGUUUGCGGAGCAAAGGUGUCCCCCGUAAAUUCUUGACCCUCAUUAAGGCGUUGUACGCCAACUCCCGCGGCCGUGUACAGGUCUACGGGAAGCUCUCUCCUGAGUUUACCACAUCAAGUGGUGUCCGACAGGGCUGUCCUCUUUCACUUUUCCUCUUCAACUUCGUCAUUGAUACGAUCAUGGAAGACUCACUACCAGCCUCUAAUGCCUGUGGGGCCGAAGUGCUCCCUGGGCCUCCGCUCACAGACAUCGAGUACGCUGACGACAUAGCUCUUCUGGGAUCUGAUCCCGUUCAACAAUCAGAGAUGGAUGACGAUAGUGAAGAUGAAGGAGAGGAUGAAGAAGAAAUGGAUACUACCUGCUGGAGUGAUGAUAACGUUGAGCAGAUACGAUCCGACCUACCUAACCCAUGGAUUUCCCCUCUAAUUUCUGAAUCGAACUGCGCCGGCGAUCCAGGUGAAGCUACGGAACAGUUUUGCGCCCAGUUCAUACUACGUUACUGUGGUGAUGGAGAGACACAAGUCCCACCCUUUAUCACCGGUAGUCUGGACAGUGCGCUGGCUGCCUCUGUGAAUAAAUCUACCGUGGCUGGGCGCAAACCACUUUUCCUCUACCUACAUCAUGAUGCAAGUGUCGCAUGUCACUUGUUUUGUCAACGGGUCCUCUGUUCUACCGGCCUUGUUCGUUUCCUCGGUGACAACGACUUUUCUGUUUGGCCUUGGGACGUGACAGUCCCACGUGCCAAGGAUCGCCUUUUGGGUUGGCUCAAAAGCAAAUUGCCUGGUCUCGUUGGUGUACUAUCCCCUCUUACGGUUGACAGCUACCCCGUGCUGGCUAUGGUCGGCAAACUCGCUGGUCAGUUAGAGGUGUUAUGCACAGUCCUGGGCACUGGAGCUGUCGUCGGCCCGCAGCCCAAGCCAGUAGACGAGUCCGGUUUCCCUUCCUUGGAUAUGUCAGGCGUUGAGACGAUGGUACCCCUUUCCGGUGUAGCUGACGGUGUUUUGAAGUCAGACACUAUUGUGGCUGCUCUAUGGCAGGCUUACACUAGCUAUUCGGAAUUACUUGCCCCGGAGCAAGCUGCAGAAGAGGAGCGGCUUGCCCGACAGCGAGUUAUAAAGGAGCAAGAACAAGCAUAUCAGGAAUCUUUGCGUCUUGAUCGGAUGAAAGUUGAGGCGGCUGAAAAAGAGCGUCUUGAGCAACAACUACUGGAAGAACAACGAAUGCACGAAAAGUACGAAGAAGAACAACGUCGUCUGCGAAUGGUGGCUACUCUUCCCCCCGAACCACCGGCUCCAAAUAGCCUAGCAGCGGCUGCUUUCUUAGCGUCACCCAAAGGCACCGGUGGAAUCGCUUCACUCCGUUUCCGGCUACCGCGUGAUGUUUCAUUGGAUAAAAUAGCGAGUGCUAAAAAUGGCCUGAUUACGCGUCGGUUUGCUGGACUGGAUCAGUUGAAGCACGUCUUUGCCUUUAUGGAAUCUCAGGGUUUCCCACGAGUUCAGUACAAAUUGCUAACCACCUACCCUCGAAGAGAUCUUACGGCCCUCGAUGAGAACGCUACAAUGGCUGAUCUGAAGCUUGUACCUCAGGAAACACUAACCAUCGAGGAGCGGUAACGCUCUAGUCAUGUCUGCCUUCGCGGCUCACAACUCAUCUGUGUAUACAACUCUCCUUCAUGGCUGUGAUCACUCUUUCGGCCUUCAACCCAAAACUGCAUCAGUACUGUUCACUGUCACCAGUCGUCUCUUCGGUAUUUUAUACUGUCGAACUUUACAGAUUUACAAACUGCGCUGUUUAUUAAUCCUCGAACGUCAUGUGACCGAUGUAGCUAACUACGGUCGUUCAUCCAUGCCGCUGUCUUUUCGACCACUAGCCUAUCCCCUCUUUCUGUGCCAGCCACUCGCAACGUUUUGCACUUUUUUUUAGCUGUACACCUUGAUAACCUUGGCCUUGUCAGGCUCCGUUUUUGUCUCGUUUGCGUGACCCGAUUUCCGUCGCCCUAGUUUCCCUUGCUUGGUUAUGUGUCUGCCCUCGCCUUGCUACUUUAUUUCAUCUUUCG